GACGCCGACGGAAGCCGGAGGGCGGUGCCGACAGCCAAGGGGGCGUGGUCGGGAUGGUUCCGCGGCCGGCGGAGCCCGGCAAGCGGGCCUGAGGACGGCGGCGGCAGGUGUAGAGUAGGCGGCGGGGCAGAGAGCGGCCUCCGAGGGUCUCUUGAAUGGUUGAGCAUGGACCCAGUUGCUACCCACAGCUGCCAUCUCCUCCAGCAACUGCAUGAGCAGCGAAUCCAAGGCCUGCUUUGUGACUGUAUGUUGGUGGUAAAAGGAGUCUGCUUUAAAGCACAUAAGAAUGUGCUAGCAGCAUUCAGCCAGUAUUUUAGGAGCCUCUUUCAGAAUUCUUCAAGCCAGAAGAAUGAUGUCUUUCACUUGAAUAUUAAAAAUGUCAGUGGCAUAGGGCAGAUCCUGGACUUCAUGUAUACUUCUCAUCUAGAGCUUAACCAGGACAAUAUACAAGUAAUGCUGGACACAGCACAGUGUUUGCAAGUUCAAAAUGUUCUGAGUCUGUGUCACACAUUUUUAAAAUCAGCCACUGUAGAACAGCCACCUGGCAUGCCUAGUAACAGUACGUUGUCUCUGCAAAGCACCCUGACCCCCGAUGCCACUUGUGUUAACAGUGAAAACACCUACUCUCCUCACUUACUGCCAGAAUGUUCGGCAGACACACAGCAUAAUAAAGGGUUGGAUGAAUCGCAUUCACAUGCUUCACCCUCAGUGAACCUUCAUCACUCCACAGGUGAAAUAGCAAAACAAGCCCCUGAUACUUCAGACGGCACCUGCACAGAACUGCCUUUCAAACAGCCAAGUCACUAUUACAAACUCAGAAACUUUUACAGUAAGCAGUACCAUAAACACGCAGCUUGUCCCAGUCAGGAGCGAGUCGUUGAGCAGCCUUGUGCUUUCAGCACCUCCGCAGACCUUACCACGAUAGAAAGCCAGCCUUGUGCUGUCAGUCAUGCCGAAUGCACCCUGGAGUCUUCCGAGCACUUGCCUUCUAACUUCCUGGCCCAGCCUGUGAAUGACUCUGCCCCAGACCCUGAGUCAGACGCCAUAUGCCAACAACCUGUCAAGCAGAUGAGGCUCAAAAAGGCCAUUCAUCUGAAGAAACUCAAUUUCCUAAAGUCAGAGCAAACAUCUGAACCCAAGUCGGAUGAUGGUUUAACAAAGAGGGUGGAAUCUGCUAGUGAAAAUACCCUAGAGAAAACUAGCAGCCAAAGUACUGAAGAAAAAGAAAGUGAAGAACCUGUCAGUUGUGAGAAUUAUAAUUGCAUUAGUGAGACGGAGAGGCCCGAAGACCCGGCAGCACUGGAGGACCAGUCCCAGACACUUCAGUCCCAGAGACAAUACGCGUGUGAAUUAUGCGGGAAACCUUUUAAACACCCAAGCAACUUGGAGCUUCAUAAACGGUCUCAUACAGGUGAGAAACCUUUUGAAUGUAACAUUUGUGGGAAACAUUUCUCUCAGGCAGGUAACUUACAGACUCACUUACGACGACACUCUGGUGACAAACCGUACAUCUGCGAGAUCUGUGGAAAGAGGUUUGCAGCCUCUGGCGACGUCCAGCGUCACAUUAUUAUUCACUCAGGAGAAAAACCACACUUGUGUGACAUCUGUGGUCGAGGGUUUAGUAACUUCAGUAAUUUGAAGGAGCACAAGAAGACACACACGGCUGAUAAAGUCUUCACCUGUGAUGAGUGUGGAAAGUCUUUUAAUAUGCAAAGGAAAUUAGUAAAGCACAGAAUUCGGCACACGGGGGAGCGGCCUUACAGCUGCUCUGCCUGCGGGAAGUGUUUCGGGGGAUCAGGUGACCUCCGCAGGCACGUCCGCACUCACACUGGGGAGAAGCCGUACACGUGUGAGAUCUGUAACAAGUGCUUCACCCGCUCCGCAGUGCUCCGGCGGCACAAGAAGAUGCACUGCAAAGCUGGGGACGAGAGCCCAGACGUGCUGGAGGAGUUCAGCCAAGCCAUCGAGACCUCCGACCUCGAGAAGUCUCAGAGCUCAGACUCUUUCUCCCAAGACACGUCCGUAACGCUGAUGCCGGUGUCAGUGAAACUCCCCGUCCACUCAGGGGAAGAUUCUGUGGCAGAAUUUGAUAGCCACUCUGGCGGCUCCUAUUGCAAGUUACGGUCCAUGAUCCAACCUCAUGGAGUUAGUGACCAGGACAAGCUGAGUUUGGAUCCUGGUAAACUUGCCAAGCCCCAGAUGCCGCAGACACAGCCUCAGGCAUAUGCUUACUCGAAUGUGGACUCCUCAGCCGGUGGUGAGCCACUGCAGGCGGAUGGCAUGGCCAUGAUCCGCUCCUCUCUGGCUGCUUUGGACAACCACUGUGGUGACCCCCUGGGUAGUCGAGCAUCUUCCACCACUUACAGAAACUCAGAGGGCCAGUUUUUCUCCAGCAUGACCCUCUGGGGGCUAGCGAUGAAGACACUGCAGAAUGAAAAUGAGUUAGACCAGUGAUGGACUGCACUUCUCCACGGUGGAGGCUUGUUCUCAGUUUGGCAGGCUGGUAUCAAGCCUGCAGGAGGGCUAGGCCCAGUGGCUCACGCCUGUGUUCCCAGCACUUUGGGAGGCCAAGCAGGUGGAUUACAAGGUCAAGAGAUCGAGACCAUCCUGGCCAACAUGGUGAAACCCU